UAGAACACUAUGUUCGAUGAUACUAAUAAGUAUACUAUUAACUAUUUUUUUUCUAUAUGGAUUAGUUUCUUUGGAUUAUAUAAUAUUUCUAACAAAUUAUAUAGUCAGCUUGCUGUUGUCUACACGUCACGAAGUAAUCAGGAUAAUAGUAUUUUAUUAUUAUUUAUCAGUAGUCAUUACUCACUACUUAUCUAGUCGUGCAGUAGAGCAACAGUCAGCAUUUCCGCACUCGGCAUUUGGCAGGCUACAGUUCAUUUUCGAAUCUUUAUCCGAUAUAUUGGAUACUGUUUACUAGUCUAAAAUUUUUCUACAUUAGAAUUUUGAAUAUGUUGUCAUCAGAUUGUCAAGUUAGCUCUAAUUCUGAUGAUAUUUUAGAAGAUUGUCCUAGAAAAAAAACUAAACUAUCAUUUAUAAAUGAACAAUUAUUUGAUAGAGAUAUUGAUGGAGAUAGUUCAAUUAAUAAAAAUAGUCAAAAUUACAAUAAGAUUGAAAUAGACAAUUAUCUUGAAGACCAAAGUUUAAACAAAAAUCAGACUGUAUUUUCUGACAUAUCUGAUGAUGAAGAUUAUAAUAUUAAUAAAUAUGAAGAUAGUGAAAGUGAAGAUUAUGUACCUAUUUCUGAUAGUGAAUUUGAAUUAGAAAAAUAUGUAAUAGAUGAAACAGAUUCUAAGACUAGUGUUAAUAAAAAAACAGAUGAUGAAUCCGUUAAAGAUGUUAGCGGUGAUGCCAAUAAUUAUAUUAAUAAUGAAAAAAGAAUUACUGAAACAUGUACGUCCAUAGGUAUAGAUAAUGAUGAAGUAUAUGAUUUACUAGACAAAGCGUAUAGAGCCAAAAAUAAAACCAGUAAUGAACAUAAAAAGAAAACUGUUACUCCAGAUGAUUUCAAAGAAUAUGAAAAAACUGUGUUAGAAGAAGUAUGUAAAAACCAUUUUGAUAUAUUGCCUGAAAAUUGGAUUGAAGUAAUUCAUAAAAGUGGCAUGCCUAUUUAUUUACAUAAGAAAAGUAGAGUUGUAACAUUAUCAAGACCCUAUUUUUUAGGACCAGGUGAUCCCAAAUCUCAUUUAGCCCCUUUGUCAGCAAUUAGUUGCUUACAGUAUCAAAAAGGUCUUAAGAAUAAAGAAAUUAUAAAAAAUGAACCUAAUUUUAAGGUUAGUAAACUUGGAGAUAUGAUUAUACCAAAUGCCAAAGUCGAGACUGCACAAGAAAAUAUUACUAAAGAAUCUUUAACACAUGCAGAUUUGCGGGAAUAUUGUCAAUCACUAUUUAAGUUUAAGAUUAAAAAAGUAGAAUCUCCUAGUAAAAAGCUGAAAGAAGAAAAUAUAAAAACAGAAAUUUCUAAUGGCAUACUAAACAAUAUCAAAGAAAGACCUUCACUUCCAGAUAGUACUAAACUGAUAUCAUUUCCAGUUCAAACUGAGGAUCACGAUAAACAAUGGAAUCGUCGUCAUGAAUGGAUAAUGAAUCCCGAUGGUAAAAGUUAUGUAAGCAUAUUACAUGAAUAUUUACAACAAGCAUUGAAAACCCAACCUUGGUAUGAAUUUAAAGAACUUGAAAAUACAGAAACACCUUAUUCUGCUACUGUAAUGCUUAAUGAUGUCCAAUAUGGUGUUGGUGUUGGUAAUAGUAAGAGACAAGCAAAAGUUAAUGCUGCCCAAGCCACCUUAGAUAUACUCAUACCAGAAAUGAAAACUAAAAUAGAUAUCAAAAAUAAAUGUGAUCCAGUAAUAUUUAAUCAAAUUAAAGUUACUGACCCUAGAGUUAUUGAAUUCUGUGCCAAGACCACAGAACCUAGUCCAUAUGCUAUGUUAUUAGUGUGUUUACAAAGGAAUUUCGGUGAAUGUGAAAUAGGUAUUGAAUAUAAAUUAAACAAUCGUCGUAGAAAGUUAAACCAAUGCACAAUGAUUGUCGGUAAACACACAGCUACUGUUACUUGUAAAAAUAAAAGAGACGGAAAACAAAAAGCUGCUCAAGUAAUACUGGGUUUAUUGCAUCCACACAUUGAUAAUUGGGGAUCGUUGUUACGGCUUUAUGGUAAUCGGAGCAUUAAGAAUUCUAAAGUAAAGAAACAAGAAGAGCAAGAAAUCACCCAGCUCCAAAGUAAAGCUACAGCGAAUCAACCCAAUUUUGCUAUAUUGAAUAAACUUAAAGAAGAAAUGUUAAAAAUUAGGGACCAGAGAAAAUUAAAAGAAACUAACGAAAUGUUAGGACUACCACAUACAAUACUUGGUGCAACAGGUCCAUAUACCAUAGCGGUUCCAUCAUCAUCGACAAGUCCUUAGUAACAAAUUUAAUUCAUGUUGAA